AUGUUUCGGGCUAUUUGGACCCGGCAAACCGGUCCAAAAUCCGGUAAACACACUCUCAAGGAAAAGCUCUCAGCCCUUCCAGCACAAUGCUGCGAAGACUCAACACUCAACAUCACAAUCCGGCUCUAUCGAUCGUUGAUCUCGGAUGGGGAUUGGGAAGUCGUCCAGCCGGUGCAUCAAAACUAUCGAGUCCUUCAUGAAGUCGAGAAGCGCAGCCGGGAGACAAUUGAAACACUUUACACCGAAUGGGCUGUGGCUGUUCGCGAAGCAGAGCUUCCCAACUGUUCCCAGGGCACAUAUGAACCAGCUACCAGGUUCUGCCUUGAUGUUCGUCGUCCGGCUGAUGACGAGGAAUUCCGAUUCGCCUCAGAAAUGGAACAUCGCGGUCUUCAUCGGAUCACAGCCCUAUUGAGGCAUCGCUUCAAAGCGUUCGGCUCGCUUGAGGCCGUCCUCAUCAACGCCGCCUGUUGGUGCAUCCUGGCCGAGGCCGAGAAGCAGGUGGCCCUUCCACGAGGCCAGAGCUGGCCAAGGUUGCGUCAGUCGUGCGCGCAGGAGAAUAUCGAUUGGCAAAGAGCGAACUGGAGGAAUCCAGAAAUGCAGAAUGCAGUAUUUGGUGGAGGCGAUGCACCAACUUAUGAGCAAAGACUGACUAUGGACUUUGAUCCGAACGCCGUACAUCAGCGAGCUAGCUGCAGAGCAUUGGGACGACGAGCACUGGAAGGACACAUCAUAAGAGGCGGCGUAUUGAUGGCAUAUCUUGUUGGGUAUGUGAGCCAGUCCACGGAAUUGGUGGACGUGGCCGCAGCGCUGCGCCGGUCUGACCACCGAAAUCGCCGGUCUGACUACCGCGCCGAGGCUUGGUCUAAUUAG